AUGUCAUCAAAUGGGGCACUGGAACAAGAAAUAAGUCACAGGAUACAGUCUGGCUGGAGAAACUGGAAGAAUGUGUCAGGAGUUCUUUAUGAUAAGAAUAUUAGUGUGAGAAUUAAAGGAAACUUAUACAGGACGUUGGAGAGACCAACAAUGUUGUACGGGGCAGAGGUCGUGUUCACGAAUGACGCGUGGUCGAUUAAAGAGGACCAGGAGAGGAGACUUGAUGUGACAGAAAUGCGUUUGUUGAGGUGGAUGUACGAAGUUACGAGACUUCACAGUAAUCGAUACCCAAAAGAAAAUGAUAAGAGGCAGCGCAAUAGAGAUGGAACUUCAAGUACUGAUUCAGACGUAGAAGUCAUCUGA